AGCAGGGGUCGAGAGACGGCCAGGGUCCCAGGAGAGGACAGCCGCGGGGCCUGCACAGCUCGCGGAGUCGUCCGGUGGCCACGUUCAGAGCUGUGAGUUACCUAUGUGUCACCUCUAGUGUCCAGUGAUGGCAGACCUGUGCCUGGUACCAACCUAUGAGGCCUGCUGGACCUCGAGUGAAGACAAGUACCCAGCAGGACCAGUCUCAGAGCCAGAGCUCCAGGAGGAACAACUCAAGCUGGAGGAAGAGAGGCUCAAGCUAGAGGUGGAGUCACUAGAGGAGAGAGGCCCCAGGCCUACAGCCUCCAUUGUGAGGACCAGACACUGUCCGAAGAGGAAGCCGGUCAACCUCCCAGGGCCUAGCCACCAAGCCCAUCCUAGGGCUGAAGCAGAGAUGCCACAGGGGCUGCCACUGCAGAAGGAGGAGUCAGAGAGUAGCCAGAGUGAGCCCUUACCAUCUGCCAAACAGCACAAAAAAGCCAAGAAGCGCAAGAGUCUGGGGGCUCCAGUACUCCCAGCUAUGGCCAGCACAGUGUCCGCACCUUCAGAGACCCUGGGGCUGGAGCGAAAGGUGCAGCGCCUGCGGCCCCUGUACCAGUACAUCAACUAUUGCAAUCCUGAGCUGAAUCAGGCCGGGGAGGGGGCCGGGGAGGCUGAGGCAGAGAUGGAGCCUGAGUUGGAGCUGGCCCUGGUCCGUGAAGAAGCAGGUGUGGAGCAACUGCAGGCCCUGCUGCCCGUGGCAGGUGAGGUGGCCUCGGGCCUCACUUUGCCUUGCCCCAAUUCAUUUGUGUCCUCCACCCAUGCUCUGGUUCCCCUGGGAGAGGAGGUGGGAGAGGAGCCUGGGUGUUUGCCCGGGUUGGGGGUCAGCGGCCGCCUCAAGGCUGAGGUGGAUAAGUCAACCCAGGUGGACAUCGACAAGAUGCUGAGUGUUUGCGCCGCCCCACUUGUACCUCCACUCUCUCCUCAGUACAAGUGACUUUCCUGCUCCCCCCGCCCACUGGUGUCUCCCCUUCUCCCAAGUCUGAA